AUGCUAAAAUCAAACUCCACUUUUGUGACUGAGUUCCUCUUUGAAGGUUUCUCCAGCUUUGGGUGGCAGUACAGGCUUAUCUUCUUUGUUGUUUUUCUAGCAUUGUACCUACUGACUCUGUCUGGAAACAUGAUUAUUGUGACCAUUAUACAUCUUGACCGACGGCUUCGUAUUCCCAUGUACUUCUUCCUAAGCACGCUGUUCAUCUCUGAGACCUGCUACACUGUGGCCGUCAUUCCGCGUAUGCUUUUUGGCCUCCUGAAUCCUCACCAGAUGAUUUCUUUUCAAGGUUGUGCCACCCAGCUCUUCUUUUAUCUAACUUUUGGCAUCAACAACUGCUUCCUGCUCACAGCCAUGGGAUAUGAUCGCUAUGUGGCCAUCUGCAACCCCCUAAGGUAUUCAGUCAUCAUGGGUAAGAGGGCCUGUGUCCACUUGGCCUCUGGGUCAUUAGGAACUGGACUGGGCAUGGCCAUUGUCCAGGUAACAUCUGUGUUUGGCCUGCCCUUUUGUGAUGGCUUUGUCAUCUCCCACUUCUUUUGUGAUGUGAGACCCCUGCUGAAGCUGACCUGCACAGACACCACUGUCAAUGAGAUCAUCAACUUUGUUGUCAGUGUCUGUGUGCUUGUUCUACCCAUGGGCCUGGUAUUCAUCUCUUAUGUCCUCAUCAUAUCCACCAUCCUUAAGAUUGCUUCAGCUGAGGGGAGGAAGAAGGCCUUUGCUACCUGUGCCUCCCACCUCACAGUGGUCAUCAUCCACUAUGGCUGUGCCUCUAUCAUCUACCUGAAGCCUAAGUCCCAGAGUUCUCUGGGACAGGACAGACUCAUCUCAGUGACCUACACUGUCAUCACUCCUUUGCUAAAUCCUGUGGUGUACAGCCUUAGGAACAAGGAGGUCAAAGAUGCUGUGUGCAGAGCUGUGGGACUAAAACCCCUCUCACCUUAA